AUGACGUCUCCGUCCAGCCAGGGCCCCCUUUCGGCCUUUCCCUCGCUAACUCCAGAGGAAUUCGCCUGCGCCUGUCGCGCCUUCGUGGGUCGACUCCAUGAUCUGGCCAGCGAUCCAGUUCAUACUACUGGCGCUAUUCUCAAAAUUUCGCGAAGCAUUGAAGACCUCACCGGUCAACACAUUGACGACGUCCCUCCAGAACUGGGCGAGUCUCAAGAACCAAAUUUGUGCGAAGAUGAUCCUGAAGCUCUGAUUCGAACAACCCAGACGAGUCCCGGAUUACAUGUAGAUUAUGACAUCCUUCUCUCCCCCGUAUACCGCGUUCCCGUCCUAUAUUUCCUGUUACGGCGUGAUGGUCAUCCACAGUCGCUAGAGAUAGACGCUGUCUAUCACCUUCUGGUACCGGACCAGUACAGAAAGGAACUGCAAAGUGUGGGUGUCAUGGGUGGCAUUAGUGUUGGCUAUCAUCCUGAAUCUGGUGUUCCGGCAUUCUUCGUUCACCCUUGCAACACUGCCGAUGCGAUGACGCGAAUCGCAGGGUGGCGAAAGAUCACUGCCGAAACGUAUCUCCUCAUCUGGCUUGGGCUGGUAGGCAAUUGCGUUGGCCUUCGACUGCCGUGUGAAAUUUUCGCAACAGAUACGCAAGAACCUUUUCCGGAGUUGAAUCAGGCGGAUUUUGAAGCAAACGACAAACGAUGCUCCAGGAAGUUCUUUAGCGCUCCCUCCUAA